AUGCGCGCCAACUUUGCUCGACACGGCCGACGGCUCUUUGUUCAUCGACCAAGGGGACCAUCCUGCGCGGUCUUUGCAGCACCGGCUAGACGACGACACGUACCGACAUCAACAAUCUAUUAUGAUUCGAGACGUACUUUAUUCAAUCUCUUCUUCCAGAAGCCUCCCCGCGAUGUCCGGGAUCCCGAGUACGAGCCCGGUUGGCAGCAGAUUACAGUCUGGACAAGUCGCAUGCUCGACAGAGUCCGCCCGCCGCCUCGAAAGGAGCUCAUUGAGUCGUGGAGAAAGCUCAUGGAGUCAAAAAUACGACAUAAUAUGCCCUUCAACAGUACACAAGCACAGCAGUGCCGCGACCUGAUAGAAUACCUCGCCCAUCCCUCGAAAUCGGACCGCAACGUCAAACCUCUCUCCUCUGUCGACCUCGCCAUGACCCGUCAGGUCCUUCUCAAAAUCAACCCUAUAGAACGAACAGAACAUCAUGUGGCACUCGCCCGAACGUUAUACGAUAUCUGGUCCUCUGGGAACUUCACGGGGAAGCCUCGUCCUCAAGAGCUGCAGUGGAGUUUCCUAGUGCGCGCCCUUUCCGAGUACGGUCGAUCCGAAGAAGCUCUCCGACUGAUGUACGAGAAGUGGGACGACUCGUCAUAUUUUGAACGCAUUACUCAGGAAGACAAUCUCCUAGAGUUUGUGGUGCAGGGCCUAGCCCGCGACGGUUGCGACGAGCUUCUGGUGCAGCUUCUAGACAAAGCGGAAAGCAGUGGUAUCGCGUAUACUGCGGUCCUUCAGGACAUUGUCGUCAAGCACUUUGCCGAAAAGAAUAACAUUGAAGAGACCAAAAAGUGGUUCACGAAAGAGAUUCAACAAAAGCGCCGACGACCUACCGUGUAUAGAACGGUCGCAUCAUUUGCCAAGAGAAACGGGCUUCAGGACUGGGCAAUCCCAUUCUUUUUGGAGCUCGGAGAGUCCCAGCCGCGCAAACAAUACUGGGAUGUGCUGCUCCAGGCGAUUUUACUCAUGGGUAAAAGCCUCACAGAGGUGGAAGCGAUGAUGUCUCACAUGGUCGAUUUCGACAAGCCCAUCUCCCCUGACAUCGCUACGAUUAACGGACUCCUGACCGUUGCAGCGGAGCUGAACGAUGCGGGGCUUAGCAUCCAGCUAUGUACACUUAUGAGCAAACUCGGUCUCAGUGCCGAUGGAGAGACGGCACUCCGCCGGAUGGCGCUCAACCUGCGCUCUGGUAACUUGGACGACAUUCCGGCCGACUACGAUCAAGUCAAAUAUUUGCAACCAUGGGACAAUGAUUCUUCAGCCCAUCUCUAUGGAGAAUUCCGUGAGCUUGUCAAUGAGUAUUUCAUUGCUCUCACAAAACAAGUACCACCCAACUUUCAGCUUAUUUCCGCGCUCUUAGUCUCAGUUGAGGAGGAGCUUCUACGAUUAGAGCCGUCAACAGUUGCUUCGACUUGCAUUCGAUUCCUCGAAAACGAUCAACACUUUGAUGUCAUGGAUGCCGUUUCCAUGCACUGCUUCAAAUAUAGCGACCCAGAGCGCGAGAUUGUCCAGGACGCCUUUGUCAAGUUCUGCGUCGAUCCGGGGACCAGCACGCAACGAGCUUGGGAUUCAUAUCAAAUUUUGCACCAGUUAUUCUCAGACACCAGCUUUGAGCGACGAAUGCAACUGCUCUCAUCGUUUUUCGCCCGCAAGCGAUCAGACAUGGCCUGCCAGGUAUUCCGUCAUAUGCGGCAACACGCCAACAAAGAAUACCAUCCUCGCAUGAGCACGUACUUGGAAUGCUUUGAAGGGCUUGCCAAGUAUUCCGAUGCCGAGGCGUUGGAGGCUGUGCACAACAUGAUGAAGAUGGACACGACGAUCCAGCCAGACACAAAACUGUACACUGCGUUAAUGUUUGCCUUUGCAUCGUGUGAAAAGCCUCUGAUUGCCAUUGAUUACUGGCACCAAAUCACAGGUUCCAAGCAAGGGCCAUCAUACGCCUCGCUUGAAGCAAUUUUCUACACUCUCGAACGACGAUCAGGCGGCCAUAAGCAGGCCCGCGAGAUCUGGGAUAGAAUCGAGCGCAUGGAUCUCGACAUCCCUGCCUCGGUUUACAACGCGUACAUUGGAGCUAUUGCCGGUAGCGGCGUAGAGAAGGAGGUCCGCAAUGCCAUUACCAAGAUGCCGGCUGUUGUCGGUUGCGAGCCCGAGGGCAUGACAUUGGCCAUUGCCUACAAUGCCUUGCCUGGCCAACAACUUCAAAGAAGUUUUAUGGGCUGGGCAUCGGAGCAGUAUCCGGAAACAUGGAAGGUGCCCAUGAAGAUCGGCCGCCGCCAAAACGAACUUGGGCUUUGCCAGUUCAAGAUUAAGCGGGAGUUUAAAGCAUAA